AUGCGUUGUUCCCAGCCAGGCUGGGGGCUCCUUCUGGAGGACAAACCCAACGAGCCUCCGGACAACCCCACGGGCCAGGUUCUGGUAGGACUCUGGCUCCUCGCUUGCUUGAUUCUGAGAGCCACCUACGUGUCCUCCCUCAUCUCGCACCUGGUCAAGGGCGGCGAGUCCCCCGUCAUCAACACGAUCGAGGAAAUGGUGAGGAGCGGAGAGCAUGAAGGCUGGCAGUGGGGAACGGUCACCAUGAGCGGGGUGUUUAAUUCCUUCUUCAGCACCAGCACCAACCCGGACUUCCAUGUUGCUAAAAAGUUCAUGCAGACCAUGGGGCCGGAGGAGGGCACGUCCAGAGUGUUGGCGGGAGGGUUUUCGUACAUCCACAACUACUACGCCAUCCGGGUCCAGCUGGCCACGCACCGCGAAGCAUCGGCCGACAUCCCUGUCCAUAUCAGCACCAGAAAGUACCCGCUCUUCCCCGGCAACACUUGGGCAUUUAGGCGCGGCACACCCUUCAUAACACGCUUCAACCUGGCCAUACAGCGGUUACUGGACGCAGGCCUCAUCGAUUACUGGGUGGACGACGUCAUCAACACCUACGUCACCAACAAGCGGCUGCAGGACAGUGGCUCUAAGCGUGACGGGAGCCUUCAGGCGCCCACUACGGAGGAUGCACGCGGCCAGGUGGUGCUGGGGCUGCGUCACCUGCAAGUCACCUUCUACAUCCUGUUCGUGGGCCACGCUGCCGGGACACUUUCCUUCCUCGCUGAGAGCUCCCUGACCUGAUCUCCCUCACCACUGACCGACCCAUGUGGUGUUAUCGUUCUUUUACAUUGAAUUACAUAUGAAGUCCUUG